AUCUUCCUCUCUCACUUAACUAUAUUACAGCUGCCUCCUUCUCUCUUUUUGUUCCCUUCUCGUUCUUCCUCUUCCUUUCUCUCUCUAUUUCAGGCCUAUCCCGUUUACCUCUGUCUCAUCUCCUCUGACCUCUUAUAUUGCAGCAGUCCCGACUGUCUAAUUACACAGUGGCGACGCACACCAUCGAAGCAAUACUUCUGUCUAUAUCUUUCUCUCCAACUGCUCGCAAAUGGCCUACCCAUGUCCAGUCUUUCCGAACGCUUCAUCAUUGUUUGUGCACAGUGGCAACAUAUUAAAUUGGAAUCGACUUAAGAAAAAACCAUUACAGAGUCAACAAGAAGAGUUUAUUGAAAGUGUGAAGGGAACAUUAUCAUCAUUCCUUGAGUCAUCACAUACGGACACUUUGCAGAACGUUCCAAAACUCAACUGCAUCCAUUCUGAAUUUAAGGAAGCUUUACCAAAGGAAGAACGAUCAGAACUGAAAUUAACAGUGAAAAUAUUUUUAUACAACAAUCAACCUGCGACAAUUGUUAGAGAUGCAGUUAAGAAAGUUCUCAGUGAACUUGAUGUGGAAUACAUAGAAACUGUUUUGCUAUCAUGGCAUGCUGAGUUUGGUGAAGACGAAGAUGAAGAUGAACUAAGAUUAAAGCACUUGCAACCUUACUGGGAAGUCCUGCAAGACUUACAUGAUGACGAUCUAUUGCUUAAUGCUGGAGUCUCUGACUUAGACAGAGAUCUGUUGGAAGAAUUAUAUGAGUGGGCAAAGGUAAAACCCUGUAUAAACCAAGUGAACUUAGCAAGCUGCUGUACCAUGCCUCCUGAGUUGAUUGAAUAUGCCAAGGCUACAGACAUACAGUUACUUACCCACAAUGACCCUAAAGCCAUGUUUCCUGAUGCAACACUUCAAGAAAUCAUCCGAAGCUAUACCACCCAGAUGGAUUCUGAGAACUGGUCAAUGGAAUGGGCUGUGUGUUAUUCUGUUGUUGUUAAGUGCCGAGGUGUUAUCAAAGCUAAAGGAAACAUGAUCACAGCAAACAGGCCCACUCAGAAUUCUCUAAAGAUAGCCAAGAGUGAUUGAUUGAUUGAUAACAGAUCAAAAUAUUCGCUAACAAUCAAAGUAAAGUUAGAGAAAUUACAAUUUAUUUGUUGGCUAAUUUUUGUUGGUAAAUAGAAAGUGUGUGGAUGAUUGCUGGAGUAAAGGUGGACAAAUUGUUCAAAAUGUGUUGUUUUUUUUUAUAUAUAUAUUUAGUAUAUGACUGUGACUAGGACAGAAUUUGUUGGGUUAUUGUUGUUUUUAUUAUUAUGAAGGUGUUGGAAUAGCAGAAUCAUUAGUGUCACAGUGUCAGAACAUAUAUAUUGCAGUGUUUGUUCCAACACUUCAUAUUCAGAGUUCAGAUCCCUUAGAGGUUAACUUUCCCUUUCAUCACACUGGGGACUGGUAAAAAUAAAGUACCAGGCAAGUAUUGGGUGUUGAAUCAACAAAACCAUAUCCCCCCCCCCAAAAAAAAAAUCACAAUUCAGAAACAAUUAUUCUGAAGGUGGUAGUAACAAAAUUGUUAAAGCACCAGAUCAAAUGCCUUCAGGAUUUUACAUUCCCAGUUCAAAUCCCAUUGAGAUCAGAUUUGUCUUUCUGGGGAGGGAGGGUGGAGUCGAUAAAAUAAAAGUACCGGUCAGUUACAGGUCAAUUUUAUCAACUAACCCCUGUAUCCCUGAAAUUUUGGGCCUUGUACCUAUCUUUUACUUGUUUCAUUUCAGUCAUUAGACUGCAUUUAUGCUGCGGCACAGCCUUGAGGAAUUUUUAGUUGAGUGAAUUGACCCCAGGACUUAUUAUUUUCUAAGCCUGGUUCUUUUGCUGAACUGCUAAGUUACAAGGUCAUAAACACUAACAUUAGUUGCAAAGCAGUGGUGAGGGACAAACACAAACAUAUAUAUUUGUGUAUGUGUAUGUAUAUAUUUAUGAUGAGCUUCUUUCAGUUUCCGUCUACCAAAUCUACUCACAAGGCCUUGGUCAGCCUGAGGCUAUAGUAGAAUACACUUGCCCAAGGUGCCACACAGUAGGACUGAACCCGGAACCAUGUAAGCAAGCUUCUUAUCACACAGCCAUGCCUGCACCUAUUAUUGGAAAUUAUUAAAAAAUGGUGCAUUGACAGAAGCAUUAGAGCACAGGAUUUUAUUUUAAAUGUCUUAAAAUAUUGAGUUGUGGGUCUUUAUGUUCCAAGUUCAAAUCCUGCUAUGGUUAGCUUUGCCUUUCAUUCUUCCAGGGUUGAUGAAAAUAAAGUAUCAACCAAAUACUGGAGUUGAGGUAAUCAACUAGCCUCUCCUCAAAAUUACUAGCUUUGGGCCUAGAUUAGAAACAAUUAUUAUUUUUAUUACUAUUAUUUAGUCAUGAUUUUUUUUUGUUCUGGAUUCAAAUCCCACCAAGGUCAACUUUGCCUUUCAUCCUUCUAAGGUUAUAGUUCUCAACCAUUUUUUUACCUAUGGGCCCUUUUGUUUACUAUUUUAUUCUGGUGGAACCCCAUUGCCAUUCAAUGUUUAUUAACUAAUUUUAUAGAUACUUUUUCAAAAUUCUUAUUUUGUUAUUCACAUAUUCACUUGUAUAGGUUGAACAAGGUAAAACGUUAGAGAAAAGAAAUGUAGCUGUUUCUUGCAAUACAUACAUUUAACUCAAAACUUUUCAGUGGAUCCCCAAUUUACGAUUUUGCUAGCAUGGGCCCCACCCCAAAAUCUUAUAUGAACUCUUGUUGAGAACCACUGUUCUUUCUUAAGGGUUGAUAAAGUAAAGCUCCAAUCAAAAACUGGAGUUGGUUAAAUAAGCAAGUACCCUGUCCCACCUCAUUUCUGGCUUUGUGCCUAUAUUGUUAUUGUUUACAAUAAAUUUACAAUUUGAUGAAAUUGUAUCUGUUGAAAGACCAAAUUCAGUGUAAAUGAAAUAGUUGUCUAAUAUGAUACUGCUGUUGUUAUUUAAGUGUUUAUUUUCAUUAUCGUUAUAAUAAUAACAAUAAACAUGCUUUGCUUGUUAUUAUGGUUGUUGGCAAAAUGAUGUAUGCAUAGUGAAUGGGUUUUUAUGUGCAGAAAUAUGUACAUUUUGUGAGCAUGGUUCACAAUUAAGUGAAUAUUUUCUGUUAA